AUGGUUUUCAUUGUUCCUGGAAUAAAGCACAGGUGUGCUAUUCCUGAACUGGCAAACGACACUUACGAAAUCCAAAGCGAAGCCCAUGAUGAGCUUAUUAAAGAAUAUAUACCCGAAGAUAUAGUGGAUGGGAAACCAGUGUACAGUAGCUGCCAUCUUUAUGUCAAUAAAAGUGUCCUAGGGAACCAGACACUGAGUAAUUGUACUUCUUGGGUUUAUGACAAAUCAAUAUUUCAAACAACGUUGACCAGUGAUUUUAAUUUGGUUUGUGGCAAGGAAUGGCUGGCCCAUCAAAUUUUUACCGUAUUUUUUGCUGGUUAUUUGGUUGCAAUGUUAUCUUGUGGUUGGCUUUCUGAUCGAUUCGGUCGCAAGACCAUCAUCAUCGGCGCACUCAUGCUGCAAGGUAUUGCUGGGAUUCUGUCUUCGCAAAUUAUGAAUAUCCAUGUGAUUCUUGUGCUCCGUUUUUUGACAGCCGUCGGUGGAGCUGGUUCUUUUAUUCCAUCAGUUGUCUUUGGAACUGAAAUUUCCUCAAUGAAAAACAGGGCGAAUGCUUCCAUGUCCGUUCAAAUGUAUAUAUCAUUCGGAUAUGUUAUUCUUAGCUUAUUGGUAUAUUAUGUACGAAACUGGGAUCUGAUCCUUCUACUGGUUUCUCUACCCUCAAUACCGACUGGAUUACUUUAUCUCUGGGUUGUACCAGAGUCACCACGUUGGCUGCUAAUCGUGAAAAAGGAAAAGGAAGCGGAAAUCAUUUUGAAUAAAAUUGCUGAAGUUAACAAGCGUUUUUUUACUUGCAAAUCGGAAGAUAUAGAAAUCCCAGUGGUCGAAAAUCGGACUGUCAGGCUCUGGAAAAUAUUCACAAAUCCACAACUUAGAAAAAGGACCAUUAUCCUGUUGUUCAACUGGUGUGUGUCGAGUUUUACCUAUUACGGAUUGCUGCUGAACACCGAACAUCUGAGUGGAAACAUCUUCCUGAAUUUCUUCUUUGGUGCUCUAGUGGAAAUCCCAGCGUACAUUUUGUGUAUGGUUUUACUAAACCGGGUUGGCAGAAAGAAACUGUAUAUUGCCUUUAUGGUUAUUGGGGGAAUUUUAGGAGCCAUGACAAUUUUUCCGCGAAUGUAUGCUUCAGAAGAUCUACAAUGGAUCGCAACAACAUUGGCCAUAUUAAGCAGAUUGUGCAUUACGGGCGAAUUUGGGAUCAUCUACCUGCACACGUGUGAAUUGUACCCCACCUGUGUGAGAAACGGAGCACUGGGAGCGAUGUCUACAUUUGCUAGAGUGGGUGGUGUCAUAGCUCCUUACCUAAUAUUAAUGCGAUCCGUUGCAGAUGGAAAACUGGGCGACAGUUUACCGCUCUUGAUAAUGGGAAUUAUCUGCAUUUUAGCUGGUGUCACGUAUCUCUUUCUCCCCGAAACCAACAAUAAACACAUGGAGGAUACUUUUGAUGGUAUUUCCAAGGAAAAUGUUCUGUCGAUAAGGGAAGAAGACGAGUAUCAGUUAGAAGCUAAGGCCGCUUUGAACACCCCAACACAGAUUGCCAAGAGAUACGGAGUCCGUGAUGAAAAAGAGUUAAUUGCAGGUACAACUGAUGGCAAAGGCUACACAUACAGACAUUUGUUCAGAGGAAUCCGAGCCAUUGGCGGAUGUGGACGCUAUCAAUUAUUUAUGCUCAAUUUAUUGUAUAUCGCCACGGUAUUUGAUGGAUUACAUAUCGGGAGUAUGGUUUUCAUUGUUCCUGGAGUAAAACACAGGUGUGCUAUUCCUGAACUAGCAAACGAUACUUACGAAAUUCAAAACGAAGCCCAUGCUGAGCUGAUUAAAGAAUAUAUACCCGAAGAUUUAGUGGAUGGGAAACCAGUGUACAGUAGCUGCCAUCUUUAUGCCAAUAAAAGUGUCCUAGGGAACCAGACACUGAUGACAUUCGGUCGCAAGACCAUCAUCAUCGGCGCACUCAUGCUGCAAGGUAUUGCUGGAAUUCUGUCUUCACAAAUUAUGAAUAUUAAUGUGAUCCUUGUGCUCCGUUUUUUGACAGCCGUCGGAGGAGCUGGUUCUUUUAUUCCAUCAGUUGUCUUUGGAGCUGAAAUCUCUUCGAUGAAAUACAGAACGAGUGCAUCCUUUGCUGCAUGUAUAUAUGUAUCAAUCGGAUUCUUUAUUAUUAGCUUAUUGGUAUAUUAUAUACGGACCUGGAAACUGAUCAUUCUGCUGGUUUCUCUGCCCUCAAUACCGGCUGGAUUAUUUUACAUUUGGUGCGUGUCGAGUUUUGCCUAUUACGGAUUGAUGCUGAACACCGAACAUCUAAGUGGAAACAUCUUCCUGAAUUUCUUCUUUGGGGCUCUUGUAGAAGUUCCGGGCUACCUUAUGUAUUUGGCUUUACUGAACCGCUUUGGCAGAAGGAACUUGUAUAUUGCAUUUAUAUUUUGUGGCGGAAUUUGA